AUGGCAGCGCAGAAGAAGAAGCAGCCAUUCUGGGUCGGCGGAGCGGCAGCCUCCAUGGCCGUGUGUUUCACCCAUCCUCUGGACCAAACAAAAUACCGGAUGCAGGUGCUGCAGACUCGAACGACCAUGCUUUCGACGCUGUAUAAAUUCGCUGUGCGCGAUGGUUUCACCUCGCUGUGGUCUGGUCUCUCAGCCUCGAUACUCCGGCAGUCAACAUACUCGACGGCGCGCUUCGGCCUGUACAAUUUCCUGUCGCGGCAGCUGCAGCAGAGCCGCGGCUCCAACCUGCGUCUUCUUUCAGUCGUGCUUGUACGUAUGUGCGCCGACGCCGCCAAGCCAGCGGCCGAGCGGUUCGGUUAUCCCGAUGCUGCGACAGGGCUGUAUCGCAUAUGGAAAGACGAAGGUCUGAAAGUGUUUGGCCGGGGACUGUCUGCGAAUGUCGUUAGAAGUGUCCUCAUGAACGUCUCGCAAAUAGCACCAUACGCCGCAGCGAAACGAGCUCUCCUCUCACGCACCGCCCUGCAGGACGACAUCCGAACGCACGCACUGGCAUCCCUUUUCGCCGGGACUGUGGCGACGACAGCGUGUGCGCCAGCCGACGUGCUAAAGAGUAGGAUCCAAAGCGCUGCAAAGGGGUCCAGUGUAAUCCAAGUAAUCCGCGAAGGAAUGAGGAGCGAAGGUCCAUUGUUUCUUAUGAAGGGUUGGACACCGGCUUGGCUCCGACUAACGUAA